AUGGCGCCGCCUCCUCCCGCGACCUUGCCUCUGGUUGAGAGGCUGAAGGCCCUGGCCCAGACCCUUCAGUUUGCUUGGUUCGUUGGCCACCUGACACUGCUCCUCUCUGUCUGCCGCUAUACCCUGUCUUUCAUCCUCUUCAACUACUACUCCUCCUCGGCACGGAUCGCGUAUCGCCUGGCGUUCAUCUCUGCGGCCGUGACCUAUGGAAUUGUCGUGUACAAGGGUCACUUCGCCCGGGGUGUCUCUGGAAGUGUGCCUCAGAUUGUGACCAAGCUCAUUUCUGAUGAGAAUGUGCAGUACCUGGGAAUGGCUCUGGUCUGGCUUUACUCCCGACAACUCAUUUUGGCCCUCCUCCCCUUCAGCGUGUACUCGGUCUUCCACGUUGCCACCUACAGCCGUAUGUACCUGAUCCCGACCCUGCAGCCCUCAUCCCCCGGUGCUGCUGGCGGGGCCUCGCCCACCUCCCCCUCCGGCUCGAAGCCUGCUGGCAAGCAGAACCCCCUCUCCGAGACCAUUGGCCGCUUCAUCAAGCAGUACUAUGAUGCCAGCAUGGGUGUUGUCGCUUCUCUUGAGAUCCUGCUCCUCCUUCGCCUCGUCCUCUCCGCCAUCACCUUCUCCAAGGGCAGCUGGGUUCUGCUGGUUGUCUACCUGGCUUUCUUCCGCGCCCGCUACGCCCAGAGCUCUUUCGUCCAGCAGGCUGUCCGCCAGCUGACCGCCCGUGCCGACGCCUCUCUCUCGCACCAGAGCACUCCCCCUCAGGUUCGUCAGGGCUGGGAGGCUUUCAAGGGCGUCGUGCGCCAGGGCUACGAGGCGACUGACAUCGGCCGCUACAUCUCUGGCCCUGCUGCUGCCAAUAAGAAGCCCCAGUAA